AUGUCCCAGGCAACCAUUUCCACGUCUUCCGCACAGGCCAAAGACGUUGCUGGGCUCUCCUUGAUAGCAGCCCACUCCCACAUCUCUGGCCUAGGGCUCGAUGAUAACUUAAAGCCUAAAGAAUCUGCUCAAGGCAUGGUGGGCCAGGUUAAUGCCAGAAGGGCUGCUGGUCUCAUUUUGAAGCUUGUUCAGGCAGGUCAGAUUGCCGGCAGAGCUGUUCUUAUUGCCGGUCCUCCAUCCACAGGUAAAACCGCCAUCGCCAUGGGUUUGUCUCAAUCAUUGGGCGAAGGUGUUCCAUUCACCGCUAUUGCCGGUUCCGAAAUAUUCUCUCUUGAUUUGUCCAAAACCGAAUCUUUGACCCAGGCGUUCAGAAAGUCGAUUGGUAUCAAAAUCAAGGAAGAGACAGAAAUCAUUGAGGGUGAGGUUGUUGAGAUUCAAAUUGAUAGAUCCAUUACUGGCGGUCACAAACAAGGUAAGCUUACAAUCAAAACCACGGAUAUGGAAACCAUCUACGAGUUGGGUAACAAAAUGAUCGAGGGCUUGACCAAGGAGAAGGUUUUGGCCGGUGACGUGAUUUCCAUCGACAAGGCUUCCGGAAAAAUCACCAAAUUGGGUAAGUCCUUCACCAGAGCCAGAGACUACGACGCCAUGGGCCCAGAAACCAAGUUCGUGCAGUGCCCUGAAGGUGAGUUGCAGAAGAGAAAAGAGGUUGUCCACACUGUGUCGCUUCACGAGAUAGAUGUCAUAAAUUCCCGCCAGCAGGGCUUCUUGGCCUUGUUUUCCGGUGACACCGGUGAAAUCAGAUCUGAAGUCCGUGACCAGAUCAACACCAAGGUUGCUGAGUGGAAGGAAGAGGGCAAGGCCGAAAUUGUGCCUGGUGUCUUGUUUAUCGAUGAGGUGCACAUGCUUGACAUUGAGAGCUUUUCCUUCAUCAACCGUGCUUUAGAGGACGACUUUGCCCCCAUUGUCGUGAUGGCCACAAACCGUGGUGUUUCUCAGACCAGAGGUACAAGCUACAAGUCCCCACAUGGUGUGCCAAUGGACUUGUUGGACAGAUCUAUCAUUAUCCACACUUCCAACUACAGCGCUGACGAGCUCAGAACGAUUUUGUCGAUCAGAGCCAACGAGGAAGAGGCUGAGUUGAAUGCUGAUGCAUUGGCUCUUUUAACGAAGAUUGGCCAGGAGACUAGCUUGAGAUAUGCUGCUAACUUGAUUGCUGUGGCCCAGCAGAUCGCUCUGAAGAGAAGAGCCGCCACAGUUGACUUGCCUGACGUCAAGAGAGCUUACACAUUGUUCUUGGACUCCGAGCGCUCGGUGCAAUUCGUUAACGAAAACUCCAAGUCUUUCAUUGACGAUGAGGGCAAUGUGAACUUGGGCACAAACGGCAAUGCCAAGGAGGACGACAAAAUGCAGACAGACUAG